AUGUCUGGAAGCUUCUACUUUGUAAUUGUGGGCCACCAUGAUAAUCCAGUUUUUGAAAUGGAAGUUUUGCCAGCUGGAAAAGCAGAAUCCAAAGAUGAUCAUCGUCAUAUGAACCAGUUCAUAAGUCAUGCUGCUCUCGACCUCGUAGAUGAGAAUAUGUGGCUGUCCAACAAUAUGUACUUGAAAACUCUGGACAAGUUCAAUGAGUGGUUUGUUUCGGCGUUUGUUACUGCAGGUCAUAUGAGAUUUAUUAUGCUUCAUGACAUAAGGCAAGAAGACAGAAUAAAGAACUUCUUUACUGAUGUCUAUGAUUUAUACAUAAAGUUUGCAAUGAACCCAUUUUAUGAACCCCAUUCUCCUAUUCGAUCAAGCACAUUUGACAGAAAAGUUCAGUUUCUUGGGAAGAAACACCUUUUAAGUUGA